GAAUCAUCCUCCAGUCUUCAUCUUCCUGCACCCAUCGAUCUUCAAGACCUGUUGGUUCUGCCUCCAUAGCGUAUAUCCAUUUCCAUCAUCUUUGCUGUCACCCUGGCCCAAGCCGAUGUUUUCUCGAGUCAACUACUGAGAAAAAUAGUUUCCUAGCUGAUCUCUCUGCUUUUCUUCUGGCUCCCCUAAAAUUCAGUCUCCGUACUCUGGCCAGGUAUAAAAGUUUGGUCACUGGGACCCGAGCAAGAGGGGUCAUUGCUGUCCUCUGGGUCCUUGCCUUUGGCAUCGGAUUGACUCCAUUCCUGGGGUGGAACAGUAAAGACAGUGCCCCCAACUGCACAGAACCCUGGGAUGGAACCACAAAUGAAAGCUGCUGCCUCGUGAAGUGUCUCUUUGAGAAUGUGGUCCCCAUGAGCUACAUGGUGUAUUUCAAUUUCUUUGGGUGUGUUCUGCCCCCACUGCUUAUAAUGCUGGUGAUCUACAUCAAGAUCUUCAUGGUGGCCUGCAGGCAGCUUCAGCGCACUGAGCUGAUGGACCACUCGAGGACUACCCUCCAGCGGGAGAUCCAUGCAGCCAAGUCACUGGCCAUGAUUGUGGGGAUUUUUGCCCUGUGCUGGCUACCAGUGCAUGCUGUUAACUGUGUCACUCUUUUCCAGCCUGCUCAGGGUAAAAAUAAGCCCAAGUGGGCAAUGAACAUGGCCAUUCUUCUGUCACAUGCCAAUUCAGUUGUCAAUCCCAUUGUCUAUGCUUACCGGAACCGAGACUUCCGCUCUACUUUUCGCAAAAUUAUCUCCAGGUAUCUUCUCUGCCAAGCAGAUGUCAAGAGUGGGAAUGGUCAGGCUGGGGUACAGCCUGCUCUCGGUGUGGGCCUAUGAUGUAGGCUCUCACCUCUUCCAGGAGAAGAUACAAAUCCACAGGAAACAAAGAGGACACGGCUGGCUUAUUCUCAUUGUGAAAGAUAGCUACACCUCACAAAAACAUGGACUGCCUUUCUUGAGCACUUCUCUGGAGCCACCACGUAUCUAGCUAAUACGUAUGUGUCACUAGUAGGCUCCAAGGGUUGACAAAUAUAUUUAUGAUCUAUUCAGCUGCUUUUACUGUGUGGAUGAUGCUGACAGCUUGAUUGGAUUCUAAGAGACUCUUUUGUUUUUAAAAGUCUGCCUUGUUUAUGGUAGAAAAUUACUGAAACUACUUUACUGUGAAACACUGUGAACUAUUAUAAUGCAAAUGUUUUUUAACUUAGAGGCAAUGGAAAAAUAAAAGUUGGCCGUACUAAAAAUGUA